UAAAAUCCAGCCCGGACACCAAACCCACACAAACUCCAAAACCAUUGCCAUCCUACCUACCAUCAUUCUCGCACUCCUCUGCAGAGAUCGGUAGUUGCAGCUUGCGAAGCGUAGCGCCACGGUUAAGCAACGCAAAAUCUGCAGGCCGAUCGAUCGGCAUGGCCGGGAGUGCGAGGUCGGCGGCCGCGAAGCACGCGUACCGGAUAUUCGGUCCGUCCCGGGGCGCCGCGGCGAGGAGCCCCAGCGCCGGGUCGGCUGACGAGUUCGACGAGUCGGACGUCGUCUGGGGCUCGUUCGCCCCUGCCGGCGGCGUGGACUACUCCAGCCCCACCGAGCUGGCCACCGCCCGGGCGCGCCCGAUCCCGGCCUCCCGCGCCGGUCGGAAGAAGCCGCUGGACGGCCGGGGGACCGCCGCCGCGCCGGGGUCGCUGCCGAUGAACAUACCGGACUGGCAAAAGAUCCUUGGGGUCGAGUACAGGGACCACUACUCUGGGGAGUGGGAGCUCGACGGGGACGACGGCGACGAAUACGGCAGGGUGGGCUCCGGCGGCGGCGCGGUGAUGAUACCGCCGCACGAGCUGGCGUGGCGCAGCCGGGCCGCGUCGCUGUCGGUGCAUGAGGGGAUCGGCAGGACUCUCAAGGGGCGCGACCUCAGCCGGGUCCGGGAUGCCGUCUGGAAGCAGACCGGCUUCGAGGACUGACGUACAGACGGCGGCCGCAGUGGUGCAGAGGAGGCUUGGCGGUUGGUCUGGCUAGCGGUAGGUUAGAAAUGAGCCGUACUAAUUGCUUCGCUUUCUUUUUUUUUGCUUUUUUUUUUGCCAUGCAUAAGAAGGAAAAAAAGGCGGUAGUAAGCAUUAUUUUUUUAUUCAUGGAGAUGCAAGUUCGAGUGUGGGUGUUCAUUCGUAGUGUGACAAUUUUAAGAGCACCUGGAGAAAGGACGAUGAAUUUGUACGAUCGGUCAGUUGAUGGAUCGCUUGUAUUUUAUCUCUUUCAAGAAUGGAAAAUUUUAAAUUUAAUUC